AUAAUUUCGUUUGUGAACGCUGUUGUCACUAAGGAAGAUCUUGUGGGCUGAAAUCGGUCGAUCGCCGACCGAAAAAUUCAGUGUAUUUCGUAGCAUCUCAAUAAUUCCGUAUCACAAGGUAUUGUGGAAAAAUUACAAAUCUCCAACCAUCGACUUUGAUUUCGUGUUUCGCAUAUAUGUACCGGAUAAUGUGCAAGAAAAAUUGCCCGGUACUUUGAAAAUUGCAUUCUCGGUAGUGAAACGAGAUUUUUUCAAUAUAUUUCCCCUUUGCGAAACGAAUCCGCCAGAAAUCAGCGGAUGAACAGAAGUGUGUGUGUAUUAGAGUGAAGAAUUUCGGGCUAGAAGAAAAUAUGAAUAUGCAGUAAUUCGUGAGUCACUUUUCUUUGUUCACUUUUGAUAAAUCUAGUGAUUUAGUGUGUGCAACUGAAAAGCAAAGGGAAGCUACAUUCGGGAGAAACAAGUUUUCAUUUAUCCUACUACAAGUUGGUUACUGCUUCUUCAUAUUUACACACACAUCAUAAUCGGUAAAAGACACGUUUAACAGGACGAAAUCAAAGGAGCCAUUGACAAAUUUCGUUCGUCUGGCAUACUACAUCUUGGAGGAGACGAACAGAAACCAAGUAACCCGGAAGAAAGUUCAAAAUAAAAAAAUAAGCAGCCAAAUCAUUGGAAUCUAUCAUUAGCAAUCAGCAGAUAAGAUGACGGACGAGGCAUACCCAAAAACUCUGUACGUGGGCAAUUUGGACCAAUCGGUAACAGAAGAUUUGCUCUGUGCAUUAUUUGGCCAAAUGGGUACAGUUAAAAGUUGCAAAAUAAUACGCGAGGCUAGUAGCGAUCCGUAUGCAUUCAUUGAAUACACUAGCCAUCAAUCAGCGCAGACUGCCUUGGCCGCAAUGAAUAAACGACUAUUUCUUAAAAAAGAAAUUAAAGUAAACUGGGCUACUAGCCCCGGUAAUCAACCGAAAACAGAUACCAGUCAACAUUAUCACAUAUUCGUCGGUGAUCUCAGUCCAGAAAUCGAAACCGAAACUUUACGAGAGGCGUUUGCUCCUUUUGGUGAAAUCUCUAACUGUCGGAUUGUGCGUGACCCGCAAACGUUAAAAUCAAAGGGUUAUGCGUUUGUGUCUUUCGUAAAGAAGGCAGAAGCAGAGAACGCCAUACAAAUGAUGAACGGGCAAUGGCUAGGUUCACGAAGCAUCAGAACUAAUUGGUCUACUCGAAAGCCACCUGCACCUCGUGAAAAUACUAAAGGCAUUAGAAGCGGAAAGACACCGGGAUUCGAGGAAAUCUAUAACAACACUGGACCAACAAAUACCACAGUGUAUUGUGGAGGAUUUCCGCCCAAUACAAUAUCGGAUAUUCUUAUUAACAAGCACUUUAGUCAGUUCGGUCCAAUUCAGGAUAUUAGAGUUUUUAAAGAUAAAGGUUAUGCGUUUAUCAAGUUCAUGUCUAAAGAACCAGCUGCACGAGCGAUUGAAGGCACUCACAAUAGCGAAGUGCAGGGGCACCCAGUCAAAUGUUAUUGGGGUAAGGAGAAUGGCGGUGAAAUGGCUAGUAAUGGUGUGCAUGCAGCGGCUGUCGCUGCCGCGGGUAUGGUUGGAAUCGGCAUCAACAGUAUAGCUGGAAGCCCGCUUCAGUCACAAAACGCAGCAGCUGCGGCGGCUGCAGCCGCUGCCGCUGCAGCUCAACAGCAUGGCGCUAACCAACAACUUACUCAAGCAGCUGCCGCAGGCGCGGCACAGUACCCGUAUUCUGCAUAUGGACAGAUGGGCUAUUGGUAUCCUGGUUAUCCACAGAUGCAAACUCAGUAUAUGCAGCAAGGUUAUGCAUAUCCUUAUGCCUAUGCAACUGCCGCUCCCCAGCAAGCAGGGACUGCUGGGUAUCGUAUGAUGCAGCCAAAUAUGGCCGCUGCCGGUUGGGGAAUGCAGACUGUACCAGGAGUUGGCACAAAUGGGGCUGCCGCAGCAGCAGCGGCGGCCGCUGCUGCUGCUUCUUCUCAACAACCUAUGAUGUAUGCAACUAUGCCGCAGUUCCAGACACAAUGAGAAAUAAUGAAAAACUGUCCCAAUAAUAGCAUUGUCAGUAAAGUAGUAGGAACCGCAGCAACAGCCCAAGUAAAUCAUCAGCCGGCCGCCCAAUAUAAUCUAAUACCUAACCCUGCAGCAGCAGCUGCAGUUGCCGCAGCCAAUCUCAACAGCAGUCUCAUGUCACCACCAUCGAUAAUGACUAAUGCAAAUAAUACAAUUAUUUUAGCAACUCAUCGCCAGCAGCAUUCGGCAGCAAUCCACCAGCAUCACUCAUUUUCGCCUCACCACCAUCAUCAUCAUCUGAUACCAUCACCGCCGGCUAAUCCAACUGCAUCAAUAACACCGAUCGCAGCUGCUGCUAAACUAUACCAUCAACCAACAGCGACGAUCGUGAAUUCAUUGCUCGCAACACCUGUUAGCUCUGCUGCUUCUUCCAGUACUUGUCAGUUACCAGUGCGAACAAUUACAGCCGUUGUUGGUGCAAUGACGACUAUUGCCACGUUAGCGUCCACUGCAGCCACGACCGUGCUAACUCCUUCAUCUUCCAUUUCCGCCAAUGGAAUUGUUCCUCAAAGCAAUGGUAAUAGUAAUGAUAGAAAUAGUUGCAACAGCAGCAGUAACAGUAUUGCGGCCGCCGUUGCUGCAAUCAUCAACAGUAAUCUUAAUUUUAGAAACCAUAGCAGCACUAUCUCAAAUAACAACACAGGUGUAAAAGUUCCCAAUAUUAGUACUACUAGUAGUAGUGGAAAUGGUAAUGACAUCGAGCAUAAUCAUCUUAAGCAUAAGAUGAACAAUGAUGAACCAGAGAUAGAUGAGAUUACUAACGGUGAGGAGAAAGACGAUCCUUUUCGAAAGAGGAUAAAAUUAGAAAACAGUGAAAAAUGUAAGAAUUACUGCACUGAACUAGAGGGAACGGUAGCUACAACGACUACUCUAAUGACCACAACAACAACGAUAUCGAGCAUGCCGUUGACAAAUAUUGUUAGCAACAGUGACAAUUGUAAAAUCAAGCAGGAGAGAUGAAUGCUGACAUUCGAUUUUUUAGUAUGAGAGUAAGUGCGUACCGGUCUAUGCUGUUCGGUAGUUUGUUAUAUUACGCCAGAAUAUUCGCGGUGUGUUGAUAUAGGUAACUGUUCUUUUUUUAAACACUUGAACUUUUUGUUUGUCCGCUCACACAACAGAAUUGGAACUUAUCUAGAUUUGUAUAGCAAACGUGGAAAUUACAAGCUACAAUUUUCCUUA